CGUUAAUCAAGAUUUUUCUUUUAAAGCAAGCUGGGCUCUAAAAGAGAGUAUGAAGUUUGGUAACUUAAAAGCUGCAGAUUAUUACUCUUCUAAAGAUAUGUAUGCUGAUCUUGAAAACUUGGCAAAAAAUGGUGAGCUUUUAUUUGAGGAAAUUCCAAUAAUAAAAACUAUUAAAGAAUGGAUCAGAAGAUACAUUGCAAAUUUCAAAAAAGAA